AAGUGCAUGAGUGGGACACUGUGCCUACUCCGUUAAAUCAUCUUCUUGUUUGUGCCGCCCCUACCCACCCCCCACAAGCUCGGAAGCUCCCCCGCUCGUUUGUCUCCACGAACGACUCCAUCCGCACCCGCGGACUGAAAGCAGCCUACACACGCGAGGUGGUCAGGUGGUCAUAGCUGUAGAAGGGGCGAGGUUCUCCGGCUCCGCCAUGGCGACGGCGUUCAAGGCGUUCAUCAACAGCCCCGUCGGCCCCAAGACAACGCACUUCUGGGGACCCGUCAGCAACUGGGGCUUCAUCCUCGCGGGUAUGGCUGACAUGAACAAGCCACCUGAACUGAUAUCAGGCAGAAUGACUGCAGUCAUGUGUGUGUAUUCUGGCCUAUUCAUGAGGUUUGCAUGGGUGGUACGGCCUCGGAACUACUUUCUUAUGGCAACUCAUGCCUCCAACGAAAGCGUUCAACUCUACCAGUUAUCUCGCUAUGCGAGAGUUCAAGGUUACCUAGAGAAGAAAGAGGAUAAGGACCAACAGUAACGAUGGUCCAACCAAUAUUACGGACACUUGUUAUGUAACGAAAAUUUGUUUCUGGUAAUUUGUAAUGCUUGUAAUUGUACAGUUUACAUAUUAAUUACACUAUGGGAAUAGACCGAAAUGGAAACAAACUAUGAUGUAGAGCGA